AUGGCAGCAUCUUCCUCAACACCAAAUUCUGCGUCAGUCGCUUCGUGUGCUCCAACGUUCAAACCGACAAAUAGCAAAGACAUAGGAUGGAAAUAUAAUCAUUUGAAGGAUUUGAAUAACCGGAAGAGAGUCACAUGUGAUUUCUGUAAUUUAACAAGCAGUGGGGGAAUAAGUAGGGCAAAAAGGCAUCAAGCAGGAAUUCAAGGUAACGUAGUUCCUUGUUUGAAAACACCCGAGGAUGUUAAGGCUAUAUUACGUGCUGACAUGUUUGAGAAAGAAAAAAUUAAGAAAGGAAUACAAGAAAUUGCGGUGCAAAUAGAUGCCGAUGAUACCAUGGAUGUCGAGGAAAUAAGUAGGAUUCGAACCGGAAAGAGGCUUGCUGAGGGUGAGACCUCUUCAAUAGCCGUCAAGAGGACUAAAGGGCCAUUAUAUUUGGUGUAUAAGAAGGCUAAGGACACAAGCAUCAAUGAUGCUUGUGAUAAAGAAGCGAGGGCAAGAACCAUCCAGUAUGUUGCUCGCUUUUUUUAUAUGUGUGGUGUUGCUUUUAAUGUAGCAAAUGCAAGAGCUUUUAAGUUGAUGUUGGAAGCCGUUGGGAGCUAUGGUCCCCAUUUGAAGCCGCCAAGUUAUCAUGAACUUAGGGUUCCACUUUUUAAAAAUGAGUUGGAAUAUACGAAAGGUUUGUUGAAGAACCAAGAGGUGCAAAGGAACAAAUACGGUUGUUUAAUCAUGUCGGAUGGUUGGACGGAUAGAAAAGGUAGAACAUUGAUCAAUUUCUUGGUCAAUUGUCCGACGGGAACUAUGUUUGUGAAGAGUGUGGAUGCUUCGGACUAUGCAAAGACGGGGGAUAAGCUAGCUGAGUUGUUGGACACAUUUGUUGAGGAAAUGGGUGAAAAAAAUGUUGUCCAAUUGAUCACCGAUAAUGGAAGUAACUAUGUAGCGGCGGGUAAAGUAUUGUGUGACAAGAGGAAACACUUGUUUUGGACUCCAUGUGCUGCCCAUUGUAUUGACCUUAUGUUAGAAGACAUAGGCAAAAUUCCAAAGGUGAAAAAGGUUAUACAAAAAGGGAUUAAGUUUGUGGGCUACAUUUAUAACCAUACUUUUGCUUUGAAUUUAAUGAGAAAGACUACCGGCAAUGUUGAAUUGGUUAAACAAGGAGUGACAAGGUUUGCUACCCAUUUCCUUUGUCUACAAAGGAUGCAAGAACUAAAAGGAAAGCUUAGAGAGAUGUUCCUUUGUGAAGAAUGGACAAGUUCCAAGUGUGCCAAAGAUGCUAAAGGAAAAAUGGCAGCUACUACUAUUCUUAAUGUAUCAUUUUGGAAUGAUGUUCUCUACACUCUUAAGUGCAUGGUGCCUUUUGUAGAUGUGUUAAGAAUGGUUGACAAUGAAAGUAAACCCGCAAUGGGAUACAUAUAUGCCGCAAUGGGGGUAGCGAAGGAAUCGAUUGAAAAAGCUUUCAGUUUAAAUUCAAGCAAGUACAAAGCCGUUUUUGAAAUCAUUGAUAAAAGAUGGGAGUGUCAAAUUCAUCAUCCGCUACAUGCUGCAGGUCACUAUCUCAAUCCUGAAUAUUAUUAUUCUAAACCAGAAAUUGAGACCGAUGCUAGAUUGGUGAGAGGCCUCCGUAAGUGCAUUGAGAGACUUAGUGAAAGUGAAAAAGUGGAGGAUUUGAUUUCAGUACAAUUGGCACAAUAUCGGGGUGCUACAGGUUUCUUUGGUAUAAAAGCGGCAAUGAGACAAAGGUCGACAUUAGCUCCAGCUAAGUGGUGGAAGUCUUAUGGAGCCGAAACUCCGCAUUUGCAAUUGUUGGCUAUUAAAAUUCAUUCCAAGAAGAGAAAUAAAUUGGAACAUCAAAGAUUGCAAGACUUGGUGUUUAUCAAGUAUAAUCAAGCUUUGAUAGAGAGGUUUGAAAUUCGGGAUAAAAUUGAUCCUAUGGAAUUUAGCGAAAUUAAUUUCCACACCGAAUGGUUGGUGGGAGAGAUGGAAAAGGUAGGAGAUGAUGGUGAAGAAUUGGUUGAUCCAAAUCAUGAUUUAACUUGGACUCAAGUUACCGAUGCAAGUGGGGCUAAUUAG